CGUCAUUGACAGCGCGGCCAUAUUUGUUGAGGGGCACACAAUUUGUAAACAUAACGUUGUUGAAUGCAGAAAUAGGAGUUUGUUUUUUAAAGUUUUGUGAAAAUGCCUUCGUUUUGUUCAGUUGUAAAGUGUUCAAUGAGAGCUGAGAGGGACAAUGUAAGGUUUUUUAGAAUACCCGCUGCUUUAAAAGGUCGAGGAGAUAUGUUCGAUGCCUUGUCAAAUGAACGUCGUGAUCUUUGGAUUAAGUCUUUAAAAAGGGGCCCUUUGACAGACACGUUCCUAAAAAAUGCUCGAAUAUGUUCUAGGCAUUUCAUAAACGGUGCUCCUGCUGAGUUAGAAGAUAAAGGCAAUCCCGACUGGGUACCUAAUCAAAAUAUGGGUUAUGUUACAAUUAAAACUGUAACUAAAAAAGCAGUAGAGAGACAUGACAGGGCAUUAAAUAGGAGAAAGAGGGUUGAGUUAGAGAUAAAUGCAGAGGAAAGCAAGACAGGAAUCAACCCAGGUAUCAAUCCAGAAAGUAUCAAUACUCCCAGUGGUAGCACCCAAAUGGAGAACAUGAAUGAAGAAAUUGCGGCUACAAAAGUUAGUGAAACACAAACUAGUAUUGCAGUGCAAACUGACCUAUCAAUUGACAAUUUGUGUAAACUUUUUGCAGAUCUUAAGUUUUGCAAUAGUCAAAUACACGAGCUAAAACAAAGGCUUGAAAGCUGUGAUUUAAAUGAAGAUUCGUUUAAAAAUAAUGACACUAAAUGUUUAUAUUUUACCGGUCUUAGCUGCAAUAUAUUUUUUACAUUAUAUGAAGAUAUUAAGCCAUUCUUGUCUGUGAAAAAAGCAUUGUCACCUUUCCAACAGUUGCUGCUCACAUUAAUGAAAUUUAGAUUAAAUUUACCCUUUAAGUAUAUGUCAUAUCGAUUUUGUGUUUGUCCAACAACUGUUUCAGAGACCUUCCUAAGUACUUUAAAUAUCUUAUACUUAAGACUGAAACAUUUUGUUUUGUGGCCAUCUCGAGAACAGUUACUCAGAAAUGUUCCUGCUUGUUUUAAAGAGGCAUUUAAUGACAGUAGUCAUAAUAAUUGACUGUUUUGAGGUUUUUAUAGAGACUCCAUCUAAUGUAUUAAAUGCCUCACAGUGUUGGUCAAAUUAUAAACAUCACCAAACCAUAAAGUUUUUAAUUGGAAUCACUCCCCAAGGUACAAUAGCUUAUAUAUCAAAAGCUUGGGGAGGGAGAACAAGUGAUAAAUAUUUAGCAGAAAUUUCAGAUUUUUUAAAUUUAAUUUCACCAGGGGAUGUCAUUUUGGCAGAUAGGGGAUUUUUAAUAGAAGACUCUGUAAAAAUUUUAGGAGCCAAACUGGCAAUGCCGGCAUUCACUAAAGGAAAAAGUCAGCUUCAUCCAAAAGACCUAGAAAGCACUAGAAAUAUUGCCACUGUGAGAAUACAUGUUGAAAGAAUAAUAGGUUUAUUAAAGAAAAAAUUUAAAAUAUUUCAACAGAGUAUUCCAGUAAGUAUGUUGUCAAAAAAAUCUGCUGUUGAUGAAAUGAUUGUUGUAUGUAGUGCAUUAAUAAAUUUAUAUAACUCUGUAAUACCAAGUAAUUAAUAUAUAGUUAUAUAGUUUAGACCUUUAUUUUAUUCACAUUUACAAUCAGGGCAAAACCAAUUUUCUAUCGGAAACUCAGAUAAGUUAACACAGUCAACAUGAAACCACUGUAUAAUACAAUAUCGUUCUCACAUUUUAGCAUAGGACGUCCAUUAUCAGGAGUUUUACAAUUACACCAAAGUACUACCCUAACACUGCCUCCUUGUUCAGUAAAAUACCUUGAAAGUAACUCCGGCUUAAUUAUAAAAGCAUGGAAAUUUAGA